CAAUCUUUUUCUUUUUCUUUUCUUUCUUUCUUUUUUUUUUUUUUGAUUUCAACUUUUAUUUGAAAACAACUUAAAUUUUAGACAAAUGAUUUUAGUAUAUAAAUUUGAUUUUUUUUAUACAGAAUAUAAAGAUUUCCCUCAUUAAUCUCUCGUGGGAAGGGGAUUACAGGCCCGAAGGAAGACACAUUCUGCACACAAAGUACACCUCCUAUGUGUGGCACUGGUGACAAAGGGUGUCUUCUCCUGAACAUACAUUAGAACCAAGUGGUGACAUCACACAUCAAAGGUCCCCUUCCCCCCUCCCCCCUCCCCCGUCUGUGGUUUGCUCACAUUGACCUUAAGGAAUUUGGGGGGCAGGUAGUCUUCCUUCUGGUUCUGGGGCUUGGCUGUGCGCCUCCUGCUGUCCGCUAAGGACUUGGCCCUUUCACUCCCUCAAUUGUAGGCGUGUGCUUCUCUCUACCUUUGCAGGCGCCACCCCGACAGGCUCCUCCUCAAGAAGCGGGUUCUGCCGGCCGCCUCAGGCCACCAGCGCAGGGCGCGGCCUCAGGCAGCUUGUGCCUACCGCGGCCUGGACUCCUUAUUUUGUUUCUUUACCCUGUGCUCAAGGAACCCUGAGGGCGCAGCUGCAGGUGAGUGAGAUGAAGGGGCGGCCAAUGUGAGCGUCCUGAAAAAGUUGGCUCAGUAUUCAGGUCACAGUAGCAGACUCCAUGGGCCUCGGGGACCUCAGGGACCUCUGCAUGUGCCACUGAGGACCAGAGCCACCAGGUCCUGUAGGGAUUCACAGAAACAAGUAGGAAAAGGUGCCCUAGGAACCUACAAGGCUGGAACUUGAACUCGGAAAGCCCAGAAUUCACAGUCCAGGUGCCUGGGACUUUCGCAAUUCUCUGUGCUGGGUCCUGUGCGGGGAGGUACUGAGGAUUCCUGAUUUUCUCAGCAGCUCUGGUCGCACCCUAGGCCGCCUGGGCUCAGAAAGGACCAUAGCAAUGAGAGCCACCACCAAGUGCAGUCUUUCUCUGAGUCUGGGCCUUUUGCUGCUGAAUUUUCUGGGGACCGCGAUGCUAGACGAUGUACACUCUGUUAGUUGCAACUUGAUCAUCAGGUCUCCUACCAAAGCAGAACCGCUCUGGUAUGAAGAACAGUGUUCAAUGGAUGGAAUUGAUUUCCUUUCUUUUAAUAACGUGAACAAGACCAUGCCAUUGGGUAACCAGGAGAAGAUGGCAAAUGCCACCGAAGUGUGGACAUGUUUGACCCAGUGGAUAGACCGAUGUAAACAGGACUUAAGGGACAAGGUGUCUGAAAUCAAAGGGGACACUACCAAGACCAGUGGUCACCCCACUUUACGGGUCACCAUGCUUUCUAACCACAGCCAUGGACAUAUCAUUGGUGCUUCCUGUGUAUUCAACAUCAGUGAGAAUUAUUCCUUCAUCUUGGACCUAAAGACUAUGAAGUGGAAACUGAUUAAUCCUGUACCAGAGGACAUCAUGAAAGAAUGGAAAGAUGAUAAGACAUUAAUGAAACAUCUGAAUUUGUCCAUAGUAGAGUGCAGUCAGAAAUUCAAUGAAUUCUUAAAUCCGUACGAGGAAAGAACAAGAUCAACAACAAGGGCCCCAGAUAUCACCCAGCCUCCACCUACCAGCCAGGUUCCUUAUAAGGAAGUAUUGAUCCCUGUAGGACUCAUCAUUUCCAUCAUCUUUAUUAUUUUCAUUUGCAUAUGUGUGAAGAGGAUGUGUUGUCCCCAAGGAGGUAGAGAACUUCAGCUGCUCAAGGACUACUGCAUCAACUGCCACAAGCCACAGAGGAAUGAGGGGCUAGAUGAAACAGGAGGAGAGGUUCCCAACCAGAGAACCAAAAUGCUGUCCCAGGAGGAAGAUCCCAAGACAUUGGGAGGCCCCAGGAGGGCAUCGGAUCCUGUGGAACUGGAGUUACAGAUGGUUUUGAGUACUGGGAGCUGAACGCAGAACCUCUCCAAGAACAGCAAGGGAACUUCUGAGCCUUCUCUCAAACCCUCGAAUAUUUUUUUUCCUUAAAAAAGAUUUUUAUUUUGUUUAUGUAUAUGAGUACAGUGUCUCUGUGUUCACACACACCAGAGGUGGGCAUCAGAUCCCAUCACAGAUCGCUCUGAGCCACUAUGUGUUGCUGAGAGUUGAACUCAGGACCUCUGGAGAGUGAGCAGUUCUCUUAAGCGCCCAGCCGUCUCUUCAGAUUAAUAAAUUUCUUAAAAAGAAAA